GCUGCAGAUCCAGAAGGGACUGGAGAGCAUCCAGUGUGUGCUAGCCAGGGAUCCACAAAUACAGGCCUGUACCCAACCCCUCCCUGCCCCCACCCAUUUCUCUGUCUCCCUGGAGAAAGAAGGCACCAAGACCAUGACUGAGAGCUCAGCCACCACAGCUGCCAAGCCCAAGCGCAGCAAGUCACCUAAGAAGCCUGCCAACCACCCCAAGUACUCCGAGAUGAUCAUCUCUGUCAUCACGGGGUCCAGCAGCCGCACCGGACUGUCCAGGCAAGCCAUCCAGAAGCAGGUCAAGAGCCAGUACAAGCUGGCAGAGAAUGCCGACAGCCAGAUCAAGCUGUGGCUUGUCAAACUGGUGACCAACGGUGUGCUGGAGAAGACCAAGGGGGUUGGGGCCUCAGGCUCCUUCAAACUGUCAAAGGGCGAGGAGCCGAGAAAGUCGGUGGCAGCUGUGAAGAAGGCCAAGAGGCCAGUCAAGAAGAGCGCUUCGCCUAAGAAGGUGGUCAAGCCCAAGAAAGUGGCCAAGCCCUUGGCCAAAUCCAAGAAGGUCAAGGUAAAGAAGCCAGUGAAGAAGCAAGUGAAGAAACCAGUGCAGUCCAAAGGCUUAAAGAAAGCAAAAUCGGCAAAGGCAAAACCUGUGAAAGCGAAACUGGUGAAGAGGAAGAUGAAGCAGGCGAAAACUAACAAACAGACAGCAAAAAGCAAUGCAAAGAAAUCAGCAUCCAAAAAGAAGUGACAGAUUCCAUUAAACUGUAGUCACACAGACUUUUAGCCAUUUCUGUAAAUAGUUGUUUUAAUUUUUUUUCUAUGAAACUUUGGUUGACCUUACUGCUAGGAGUUAGCGAAAAAAAUAGAGCUUUUCUCAUCAUGAAUGUGGUAAUACUAACAUGGCUGAAAUUUGCUGUACUUUGUAGUAAUUUUCAAGCUGAUUUCAUGUUUUUUAUGUACAAACAUCUGUCAGUUGAGUUGAACCCAUGCAUAUGAAAAGAAUUUUCUUAUGAAUCCAAUUGCCGUCCUUGAGUUUCAAAUAAAAAAAAUUAACUUGGA